AUGAAGAAGGUUAAUGCGCACGGUUCUCGACAUGGCAGCUUUGUUGUAACAAGGAGUUCUCUCAAUCCGGAUUGCGAACUGUCCUUUUCGGGUCGAUGUACGUUAAAUCAGAAGAUCCAGUCAUGGGACUUUGACCAAGGAACCUAUAAUAUAUACAAGGUUCUUCUUUCGACUUGGUCGAGUCCCCACCAUCUUGAACUCCCUGUAUACAUGGAGGACAACAAGAUCAUUGAAACAAUAGUUGCUCCCUGCCUCGAUGGUGCUGGCUAUAGUUUAACAGUUGGUUCAAGUUACAGUAUCCGUGGGCAAAUCACUCGGGACGAUGCAUGUGGAACUGCUUGGGAGUUCAACCCUCUACUUGUGGGUCACUCUCGAACUACAGAAGAACCACUUACACCUGAUGGUUUCCAAGUAACCGGUUGCGGGCGAGUAAAGUCGGUGAUGAAAGUGAUGGAUUCAGCUGGAGAUCACUUCCAAUAUCAUCAUGUAUUGAUUAACCAUCAGCCAACAGUUCUUUUAAUCCUCAAAACAAGUUCACUUAAACUGAGUCCGAGUAUUCAGGGAUUAGUUGGAGAAUUUGUCGAGUUUUGUGGUUUUUUCAUCGGAGAAGAAAUAGAAACAGGGGUUUUGAUUUUAACCGUUGAAUAA